AUGGGAUGGAUUGAGAACGUAGCUCUCACAACAGCGGCUCUCGUUCACGGGGCGAGUGAGAGAAUGCGAUUGAUUCGUCGAUCAAUCAUCCGAUAUCUUGUUCUAUCACAGGUGUUGGUCUUCCGUGACAUUUCCAUUUCGGUUCGUCGCCGUUUCCCUACUCUUCGAUCACUUGUGAGUGGCGGUUUUCUUCAAGAACACGAGUUGAAAAUGUUAGAAGAUGUGAAAAUCGAUGAAAAAUAUAAUAAAUAUUGGGUGCCAAUCAAUUGGGCUUGUGCCCUUUGUUUGGAGCCAGCCGAUGGGAAACCGGUGGGCGCAAAUCCGAACAACGAUGGGGUGAUGCAAGUCAGUCAUCUCAACUAUUUACUCAAUGAGAUCAAAUUCUUCCGCAACAAUCUUCAAACCCUAUGCAGUUUUGACUGGGUUCCAAUCCCAUUGGCCUAUCCUCAAGUAAUUUUCUUGGCGGUUCGAGUCUAUUUUGGAAUUUGUGUUGUCGGGCGGCAAUUCAUUGUUGGAAAUGAUCCAAAAAACGAGGACUGGGGUAAGAAAAGUCUUGAACUUUGUGUUGAUAUGUACUUUCCAAUGAUGACUGUCUUUGAGUUCAUCUUUUUGGUUGGUUGGAUGAAGGUAGCUGAAGCUUUGCUGAAUCCUUUUGGCGAAGAUGAUGACGACUUUGAGAUGAAUUUCCUCAUCGACAAGAAUAUUGCGACAGGUCUAGCCAUUGUUGAUGACGAUUAUAAACACUAUCCAGAUCUCUUUAUGGAUAAAUUCAAGACAAAUCAAGCUCCCGUCUACUCAGAGGACAGUAAAAAGAACGGGAACAACAAUGUGUUGGCCGGAUCAGCUGCUCAUGUUACAUUGGCUGAGCCAAACGACGAUGUGAAAAUGGUCGAAAUUCCGCCUGUUUCAUCAGCUCCAUCAAUGGUGAGGAAGGGUCCCCGGCAUCGAUCGAUUUCGGUGAGUGUGGCGAAUUCCCUCUCGAAUUCGCCGAACCUCACCGUUCGCGGCUUCCCACUUCCAUAUCAAGCGAAUAGUGUGAUCAAUAAUAAUGGGACAUUAUCUCGCUUCAACUCCUCAAAUAUCUCUCGUCCACCAUCGACCGACGAUCGACCGUUUGAGCUUUCAUUCAAUCCGACCUUUUUGAAGAAUGAUGUGGUGCAUGAGGUGGACCAUGAAGUCGAUGAAGAGGGAAGUGCACAUGGAGUCAGCAAUCCGGAGUAUAAACCCCACCAUAUCGCGAGUCGAAUCAGCGAAGUGAGCGAAGAGGAUAAAGACACAGAAACAACAACGACAACGACGACAGAAAAUAAUAAGUCAGAGCCUUCUCGACUCGAAGAGAUCCCCGAGCAUCAACCAUUCGCUAAUCAUAUAAAGAGCGAAAAGGAUAAAGACACAGAAACAACAACGACAACGACGACGACAGAAAAUGAUAAGUCAGAGCCUUUUCGACUCGAAGAGAUCCCCGAGCAUCAACCAUUCGCUAAUCAUAUAAAGAAAAAUCAU